CCGCGGCCCUCGACCAGAUACGAUGCUCGGAGUGGCAGUUCGUGCCCCUUCUGUGGUGCUCACCACGGGCAGCCGCUGCCAGCGCCGCCCCGGCGCACCGGCUUUGCCGACUCGCCGCCGCCACCUUACCGUCCGCAAGGCUGCUUCUGCGGUUGAUGUGGGCCUGGCUCCCUGCCCGCCCCAGGUGGGCCAGCUGAGUGACGAUCAGCGCCAGGAGCUGGCCAAGCAGUUUGGCUUCAGGUCCAUCGGUAAGGAGCUGCCCAACGACGUGACGCUGCAGGACAUCAUCAAGACCAUGCCACCGGAGGUGUUUGAGCUGAACAUGUGGAAGGCUUGGUCGGCGGUGUUUGUUGCGGUGACCUCCUUUGCAGCCUCGCUGUACCUCAUUUCCAUCUGCCCCGCCCCACUGCUGCCGUUUGCCUGGGCCCUGUCUGGCACCGCCAUGACUGGGUGGUUUGUGGUCGGCCACGACUGCGGCCACCGUUCCUUCAGCAAGAACAAGCUGGUGGAGGACAUUGUGGGCACCCUUAUGUUCAUGCCGCUCAUCUAUCCCUUUGAGCCCUGGCGCAUCAAGCACAACCAGCACCACGCGCACACCAACAAGCUGGUGGAGGACACCGCUUGGCACCCAGUGCAGCGGGAGGUGAUGGAGAAGUGGAGCCCGGUUGAGCGCUUCCUGUACAAAACCUUCCUGGGCAGCCCACUCAAGCUGUGGGCAUCCGUCGGCCACUGGGCGAUCUGGCACUUCGACUUGAACAAGUACACUGAGCAGCAGAGGCCACGCGUGCUCACCAGCCUGGCGGCGGUGGGCCUCUUCAUGGCUGUGGGCUGGCCACUCAUUGUGUACUACACCGGCUGGCUAGGCCUGGUCAAGUUUUGGCUCAUGCCCUGGCUGGGCUACCACUUCUGGAUGAGCACCUUCACCGUGGUGCACCACACCGCGCCGCACAUCCCCUUCAAGCCCGCUAGCGAGUGGAACGCGGCCAAGGCGCAGUUGUCGGGCACCGUGCACUGCGACUACCCGCGGUGGGUGGAGUUCCUGUGCUUUGACAUCAACGUGCACGUGCCACACCACGUGAUGUCCAAGAUCCCUUGGUACAACCUGCGGGCGGCCACUGACAGCCUGCGCCAGAACUGGGGCGAGUACAUGACGGAGUGCUCACUCAACCCACGCAUGCUCAAGUACAUCUUCACGCACUGCCACGUGUAUGACGAGGAGCGGAACUAUGUGCCGUUUGACUACAAGGAGGAGGAGCCCUUCUUCGCGGCGCAGCGGCGGAUUCUGCCAGAGAACAUGUGAGGCCUGGACUCUACGGAGGACGUGUAACUGCCAAUUCUUCUUCUUCUUGAGAGAGCGCAUCAAUUGAUGUUCCCCAAUCAUACACUCGUAUUGUAAAGUUGUU